CCUGCGAUGACCGCUUCACCUGCCUUCCUCCGCGCCAUAAUGACAACCUCCAAAGAGCCCCAAAAGGUCUUAGAAGGCGUUUUCGCUAUCCACAAACCCCCCGCCAUUUCCUCCGCCGAAGUAAUCCGCCGCCUCCAAGCCCACUUCAACCCUUCCUCCCUCUUCCGCCCCUGGUUCGUCACCGAACGUGCAAAAUUGCGCGCCGCGAAUGCAAAACCGCGCCAGUUCAACAACCUGCAGGUUAAAAUUGGGCAUGGGGGCACGCUCGAUCCACUUGCGACAGGUGUGCUCGUAAUUGGUAUUGGCCGCGGCACUAAAUUGUUAAGCCGGUUCUUGGAGUGCACUAAGAGCUACGAGUGCGUGGUACUAUUCGGCGCAGCGACAGACACUUACGAUGUGACGGGCAAGGUGGUCAGCAAGGGCGAUUAUGGGCAUAUCACGCGAGAGAAAGUAGAGGAGGCGCUCAAGGGGUUCCGGGGGAAGAUUAUGCAGAAGCCGAGUGUGUUUAGCGCCCUGAAGGUUAACGGCAAGAAGAUGUAUGAGCUAGCGAGGGCGGGAGGUGAGUUGCCAGAGAUCAAGCCGAGGGAAGUAGAGGUACUGAAUCUAGAAAUGGUGGAGUGGAUGGAAGGGGGGAGCCAUGAGUAUGAGUGGCCGGUCGAGGAGGUGGAUGAGGUGGCACAGGUGGGUGCGCAAAAGUUGAUGGGGGUGAACGCGAAGGAUUUGAAGCAGGGCUACAAGAGACUACGGGAUGGUGAAGACGAGGACGUCUCGGAAGCUCAACCAGAUUCCAAGAAGUCCCGAACUCAACAGUUGGACCCAGAACCUGUCAUGUCAGGCGCAUUGCCUGUUGAGAGUACUUCAAAUCCAAGUGAAGCACCACCGGAGACCUCCAAGAGCCCUGUUUCAUCUAUAGAAAACAAGCCUACCCCAGAAGACGCCCCUAUCAAACCCACAGAUUCAGCAUCACAAGACCCCUCCCCUCGACCAAAACCCAAUCCACCAGCCGCCCGCCUCACCAUGACCGUCACAUCCGGCUUCUACGUCCGCAGUCUCUGCCACGACCUCGGCCUAGCCGUAUCAUCCUACGGCACCAUGUCUACUCUAGUCCGAUCCCGCCAAGGCGACUACACUCUAGGCCAGAACGUGUUCGAAUCCGACGAGCUGGUAAAGGGAGAAGAAGUGUGGGCACCUCAAAUCCGAGGCAUGCUGGAAGAAUCAAUGGAGAAGGAGGGGUGGGAGGCAACAGAAGUUGUAGUAGGGGAGAAUGACGCUGGGGGACGGACGCCUGGUAAUGGAGAUCAUCAAGGAGACGGAGGAGCUCAAAAGCACUUUGAUGGGCGGGGAACAAAGAAUCGGCGAGGCAAAGGCGAACAAAGGGGUAAUCACGGUGAUGGGCGGCUAAAGGGAAAUGAGAGACCUAGGGCGCGUAAUUCAUCGUCACCUGAGUGAUACUAGCACUAUUGGUUCUCAAAACGGAUAAGGGAGGUAUGAGGCUGUCAGAGAUUUGGCGCUCACACUAUAUUUUUAUAUCAGCAUAUACCCAACUUAGAUUAUCAGUACGACAUUGCCCUGGGAUGGAUCAUAGUCAGUCAAGGUCUCUUCUUGUCUUUUCAUAUAAACGUACAGUACCAAGACGUAAGCUUGGGCGCCACACGCGACUGGUUGUGGUACCCUGAUAGGCUUUCAAAAUUCAGAGGAUAAUGUAAGGGCCAAUGUAGUGGCACUCAGACUAUCUUUUGUCGAAGCUGCUACCUGCUGACAGGGGUACUCCUUACAAUGGGGUGGAGCGAGCAAGAGUGGAGCCGGAGCAGUGAUAUAUCCGUGUGCCCAAACGUGUGAC